AUGCAGCAAAUCCAAGCAUCAACACAACAACAAACAACACGAGUCGGACUAUCGUCCAUAAGCAUUUGGAACCACCACCAAGAAGCAACACCACACCACUUCAACACAAAUCAACUCAGAGAAGAAAAUUCACAACAUCAAACGUUAAUGAUAUCAACGCCGACGACACUAGCAACCAAUUCCAAAAGAGUAUUACCAUCCUCGUCGGAGAUGGAAAUUUCAUUUCAACCGCAAACUCAUGGCAACGACCACAAAAACAAUAACUCUUUGAAACUAUCCUCACAUCACACCAAUCGUACAUAUUCAACGAGAAAAACAAAUUCAACUCGUGGAAAUGUUUUCUUUUUUGGAAAUGAUAGUUUUCAUCAUUGCUUGAAACAAACUCUCUCGCAUCAACCCUCAUGUAAAAAUAAUGCACCCACUCGUUCAGCAACAUAUUUUGGAGCAAGUACAGAUGCCCAAUUUACAAGACAUCAUCCAUUGAUAGAAUCUAAUGAAAUUGUUAAGGUAGCAAGUGGUGAUUGUCACUCCUUGUUUUUAACGAAAGACCAUCGAGUGAUCGUGGCAGGUAAAAAUAAGAAUGGUCAACUGGGAUUAUACCAUUUUAACCCUAUUCAAGAACCUCAAUACUUGGAGUUUAUAGGAGAAGAGAAGAUUCCAUGUCCACCCAUAAGAAAUGUGUAUUGUGGAGGUGACUAUUCCUUCAUUGAAACCAUGGAUCAUCAAAUUUACAGUUUUGGUAAAAAUAAGAUUGGACAAUUAGGUAUUGGAGAUUGUGUCAAUACAAGAAUUGCCAUUCCCACCCGAGUACAAAUUCAUGACAAGACGAAUUGUUUCGUCACUAAAGAUUCAUCAUCUUCCAUCAGGAUGACUACAGGUGCUACCCUCUCGACGUCGAGUUCCUUUUCUCCAUUCCAUGCGAAGAAUGUUUCUCAAGAAGCCUCACCUCCUCUGCCACCCAUGAUUGCUUUGCCACCACUACCACCACAGCAACAAGGCUCACUCCAAUCAGGACAUUCUCUUGGUCCAGUAAAACUCAUCAGUUGUGGUUGGCAAUCGACCUUUAUACUAUUUGAGAAUGACCACUUGUAUGUUUGUGGUGAUAAUAGUCAUCAAUGUCAUGUACCAUCUUCCUCCUCUGCUCCUAACAACCACAACAACCCUUCAUCAUCAUCCUCCUUACAGUCAUCAUCACCCUCUCAGCACAACUUUAAGCCCAUCAUUAGUCCUCAAAGAAAACAAGAAAAAUUUUCUUUUCAACGCAUUGAAAUUCAAAACUUGUACGCUUCAUCGCCGAACAAUAAGAUUAAGGAUAUUCAGGUUGGUCUCUUCCAUACUGGAAUACUCAUGGAAAAUGGAGAGGUUUGGAUUUCAUGUCCAUGCUGUUGUUCUCCAAUAGAGUUAGAAAGAAGAAAAUUUAAAAAGAAGAGCUUUAUUGAUAAGAAUGGUAAAUUAAUUGUUACAGAAUAUGGUAAUGACUUGUUGAAAUCAUUCAAGAUUAUGCACAUGGCUUAUUUAUCAACAUUUCUUGGUACUCCCAAUGAUGUUGUGUAUGUGAGUGGAAUUAAUUAUUGUGGUAGUUUAGGUGUAGGAUCUACAGAUUUGAUUGCCUACAAACGAUUUACUGAAUCUUCACUUUUAAGCCAUUUGAACAUUGAGAGAAUUUAUGGCACGAACCGAACGAUUAUUGUUACUCGAGAGGGUCAUGUGUAUGUGUGUGGAAGUAAUUGUCAAGGAGAGUUGUGUUUGGAUCCAUUAGAGUAUGGUCAGUACAGUUGUAGUAAUAGUAUUAGUGGUAGUAGUAGUAGUAGUAGUGGUGGUGAUGAGAAUGUAUUAUCAAGUUGUAAUCAUAGUCGUCAUUCCAGUUGUAAUCAUAGUGUUUCUUCUUCCAAUAAUCGUACCAAUCAAAUGCUCACUGAUGAGAACUCAAGUUGCAAUGCUCCAUGUCCCUGUGGAAAUGAUCAGUGUUUAAGGUCGUGUAUUGCAACUCCUCAACGAGUACUCUUCUUAGAGAAUGAACUAAAAAAGAGAAGAAAUGCAAAACUUGAAAUAUCCUGUGGAUCAUUUCAUACCAUUGCCUACUUUACAAGCACAGAGACAAGAGAUUUGUCAUCGUUUUAUGACAAUUUGUACAAGACUUUGUGCAAUGAUUUGCAAGAUGAGCGGCUGUCAUGCAGAAAUCAUGGAUUUUCUGACCUAUCCUUUAGAUUCCAGACAAACACAUUAGAUGUUAUAAUAGGGUCAUCAGAGACACAGAAACGAUCCGCUCAAUGGAUGGAUCACACGUUCUUUUUGGCUCCUCAAACAAAGAAGAUUAAAUUCACGUAG